AUGGCCGAUGCAUGGAAGAGGCUCAAUGAAAAAGUUAAAGCAAAGCGUACCAAAAAAAACCAGCCCAAGGACCAUCGAAGGAAAGAUGAACUGACAGUUCAACGUUUGUCAGCAGAAGUUUCUGGAAAGGCCCAAAAGUAUACAAGGAUUGGGCCAAGAGAGUUUGUUCCCUUCGACGAAACGGAGGAAUUGACCAUUGGUAAUAUCAAGAGCGCUUGUGAGAGGCAUUUUCUACAAAAAAUCGGAAAGAAUCUCGUAUGUGAUAUCUUAGCAGGAGAACAGGGCCCAUCGUGCAAGACUCUUGCCCAAAUACCGGACUUAAAGGUUGUAUACGUCCGCUUCAUUCCAGAUCCAGCUGAUGAAGGCGAUGUCAACAGCACCCAGAAUUCCACGAGAAAGAGGAAGGACGCAACUGGAGAGUCCUCGACUUAUACCGAAUUUAAUCCUCCGCCGUCAAAAUCAAGGUCAAGCCCCAGUAAACUUAUGCAUUCGAGACAGAAAUUACCCACACAAGCAGCGGGCACAAAAAGUACGUAUUACCCUCGAAGUUUAUCAAUUUCUGACAUGAUCAAACUUGGCAAAAUCAACACAAAUACCGCCACUACUAUUGUGAGAAUUUUCAGAUUCGAUAUGGAAGUUUUGUCGUGGUCCAAAGUUCCAACCACUGUCGAGUUCUAUGAGGAUAAAGAGGCAAUCGGAACUGGCGGAUUCCGUAAAGCAUUCAAAGCAACAUCCAAACAUCCAGAAGUUGUUGCGACAACGUGGGUGAUAAAGCACUAUCUACCAAGUGCUUUAAAGUGCAUCUCGGAUACCGGUCAAACUAUCGAGCAACACAACCGCAAGGUUGUUCAGAUGCAUCUCCUAGCUAGGAAUUUUGCUUCGCAACUUGAGGCAGAAAUCAAGGAGGAAAGCGAGGUUUUUGGAACUGCAUUUAGAUAUAGAAAGAUCUUUCAUGGAGAAACAGACGAGGGGGAGUAUGUUACAGUCGAAGAAUUUAUCCCUGGCCAGUUUAAGAAGUACGUAAACAACACUGGCCAAACCUGUGUCGAUCCUACAGAUGAGAUGGCCCAGAAGGCAGAGUGUUUGACACACUUCACGUAUGAGAGAUCAAAGAAAAAACUUAUGCUAGUUGACAUCCAGGGAAGUGGAUAUGACUUAUUUGACCCAGAAAUUGCUUCUACAGAUUUACUGGACGAGGGUGACAAGCAAUACCUGUAUUGUACUGGAAAUCUUUCCAAAGUAGCAAUUUCAACAUUUGUGAAAGAGCACACUUGUAGUUUGUUCUGUAACUUGCUUGGCCUACCAGCAAUAGAAAAUUAAGGGGCAACUCAAGCUGCUAUAAAAUUGUGAACAUUGAGACAUUGUUGACAAAACUUGAUACACUGUUUACAAAAUAGCUAGUUCACAUAAAAUCCCAUGGUUACAUAUGAUAAUUUACGGGGCAGUCAUAAUUUGUUUCCAGGGGUGGGCUGCAGGAUUGUGAUAUUAACCAACCUUGUUGUUGCUGAAUUCACCCUCAAGCAGAUAUGUUUUCAUGUACCCCAAUUUAGGACACCAAAAAACCUGCUCUUGUUAAUGUUUCUCCUCAACCCACCAUGUGAGGAUUGAUGGUUAAAAUUUGUAUUAUUUGUAUUAGUAGGGUGCAUAGUUUUUCUUGUUUCUGCUGCCCUUUCGAUGUUACUGUUAUUGCCAUCAGUGUUAUUGUUCGUUCCAGUUUAUUUCCACAAAGGUUAUGGAUAUCAUGUUCAGAUACAUUAUCAUUCGAAUUAAAGAUAGUUGUGGGUCCCUUA